CGGCGACGAACGGCGAAGGGCUAGCGGCGGUGCUUCGACGACGACAGCAACUCAGAUUAUUAUGGGAAGGAAGAAGAAGCCUGAUCAUCCCCGGCACAUGAUGUCUGAUGUGCUACAUAACAGGACAUCAGUAGCACCACCAUCAGAGGACGCAUCACAUCGGCCACCAUCGGAGGGGCCAUUAGUACCACCACAUCGACCACCAUCAGUGGCACCACAGCAGCUACCAUGUACUCAGCCUCCACGCCUACCAUUGGUGCGUCCACCAUCAGUGGCACCACAGCAGCUAGCAUCCCGACUAGAGUCAUCAGCUUAUGAGCUAUCCGCAGACCCUUCGUCUUCUUCACAGCCUACAUCAGGUCAUGUUAGUUCUUCAUCAAUCUCGACUAGGCGUGGUAGAGGAUGUGCCAAGGGCAUUAAAGAGUGGGGUACUGGUCAAAAGCUGGACAUACAAUUUGAUGAAAAUUACUGCCCAAUAGGGGAUAACGUCGCUAAGUGAACUACUCAACUUGGCAUCAUUGUGCGGAAUGGUAACAUUGUUCCUCUUACUUUUCUUGACUGGAACAAUGUGCCUGAUGAUAUUGUUGAUGCUAUCUGGAAGGAUGUGAAGGACAAUUUGAAUAUAUGUCCAGAGGAGUAUAAGCCAAUCUGCAUGAAAAACUGCAACAGCAUAUGGAAGGAUCAUGAGAACAAGAUUAAGGUUAAGUAUUUCAAGCCUAGAAGUUCUGAUCCUAAUCUGAAGGAUGAUGUUCC